AUGGCCGCACGCCCGAUGCUGGUGGUGGCGCUGCUGUGCGCGGCGGCGGCGGCGGCCACGGCGCAGCAGGCGACCAACGUGCGGGCGACGUACCACUACUACCGGCCGGCGCAGAACAACUGGGACCUGGGCGCGCCCGCGGUGAGCGCCUACUGCGCAACCUGGGACGCCAGCAAGCCGCUGUCGUGGCGGUCCAAGUACGGGUGGACGGCGUUCUGCGGCCCCGCCGGCGCCCACGGGCAGGCGUCCUGCGGCAAGUGCCUCCAGGUGACCAACCCGGCGACGGGGGCGCAGAUCACGGCGAGGAUCGUGGACCAGUGCGCCAACGGCGGGCUGGACCUGGACUGGGACACCGUCUUCACCAAGAUCGACACCAACGGGAUCGGGUACCAGCAGGGCCACCUCAACGUCAACUACCAGUUCGUCGACUGCCGCGACUAG